GGCGCCAGCCCUGCCUCGGCGUCCGGACUUUAAUCAGGCGUGUGCUCAUGUGCUGUGUGAUUUUUUUUUUUUUUGAAUUUUUUUGCUUCUUUUAACUGCAAGCGGUACCUGGACAGGAGCGAGUGGCCUGUCAGCAAGCGCUGGUGUUUGCACAACAAAACUGCCCCAGCUGCUUGGGCGCUGCAUUAGCAGUGCCGGUGCUGAGGUGCGGGACUGAGGCCUGGCUGGCUGCACGCUCACCACAGCGAUUGCUCGCACAGGCAGCUGUUGCAUUCACGUUGUUUUAAAUACGGAAGUAGACUGUUACUCUCCCCUCUCUUUCUCUCCUAGCAGAGCUGUAAUUUUCUGUCUGACACUAACCUCGCUCCGCAUCUGCGCACCUCGCUCCCUUUCAUCUGCUGCCUGCACAGUUUGAGCACUCCACAUGCACACCGAUUCACGUUCAGCAGCAUCGCUGAGGGCAGGGGCAUAUCACAUCCAUUUUACUGACAUCCUUUUCCAUUUUCUGGACACCUAUUUGGUCUGUGUGAUCUCUCAUUUGUAUACUGUACAAACCUGUACAGCCACUCAGCUCCGUGGUGCUCAGGCUUAUGGUUUAAGUUAUACUCCCUCUGCUGAUGUACUCUUAAAACAGUUCUUAGGCCUUCAGUAUAGGCAACCUACAUCUACAUUAUCUACAUUGAACACUAGAUGGCAGUCGCCGUUGUCAAAAAUUUUGAGAUGUCGGUGCCCAAGCCAUGGUCACACUUAUUCCCAAGUUCCUGAGCAGGCUACCCUGGGAAAUACAGACUAUGCAUUUGAGAUGGCCAUUUCAAACAUCCGAUAUGGAGAAGGAGUUACUAAAGAAAUUGGCAUGGACCUGCAGAAUCUUGGUGCUAGAAGAGUUUGUUUGAUGACAGACAGAAACCUUUCCCAACUCCCUCCUGUAAAAGCAGUAUUGAAUUCCUUGGCAAAAUAUGGUAUAAACUUUCAGAUGUAUGAUAAAGUCCGGGUGGAGCCAACAGACCAAAGUUUCCUGGAUGCUAUUGCAUUUGCUAAAAAGGGAGAGUUUGACACCUAUGUUGCUGUUGGAGGUGGGUCUGUAAUAGAUACCUGUAAAGCUGCCAACUUGUAUGCGUCCAGCCCUAUGUCGGACUUCUUGGACUACGUCAAUGCUCCUAUUGGGAAAGGAAAGCCUGUCACUGUGCCCCUUAAGCCACUCAUUGCAGUUCCUACAACAGCUGGAACUGGAAGCGAAACUACUGGUGUUGCCAUUUUUGACUUCAAAGAACUAAAAGUAAAAACUGGCAUUGCUUCAAGAGCCAUUAAGCCCAUGCUAGGCAUCAUUGAUCCUUUACACACACUGUCCAUGCCAGAGCGAAUAAUGGCCAACAGUGGCUUUGAUGUGCUUUGUCAUGCUCUAGAAUCAUACACUGCUCUUCCUUACAAGAUGCGCAGUCCCUGCCCUUCAAAUCCAAUCAACCGACCAGCUUACCAAGGCAGCAACCCCAUCAGUGAUGUCUGGGCUCUCCAUGCUCUACGCAUUGUAGCUAAAUAUUUGAAAAGAGCCAUCAGAAACCCUGAAGACCGUGAAGCAAGAGCUAGCAUGCACCUAGCAAGCGCUUUUGCUGGUAUUGGCUUUGGCAAUGCUGGUGUUCAUCUCUGCCAUGGAAUGUCUUACCCUAUUUCUGGUUUGGUGAAAAUUUAUAAACCAAAGGAUUAUAAUGUGGAUCACUCUUUAGUGCCACAUGGCCUUUCUGUGGUGCUGACAUCCCCAGCAGUGUUUGCUUUCACAGCACAGAUGUGUCCUGAGCGGCACUUGGAAGCUGCAGAGAUACUAGGAGCUGACAUCCGCACUGCCAGAAUCAAAGAUGCGGGGUUUAUUUUGGCAGACACGCUCCGGAAAUUCCUGUUUGAUCUGAAUGUUGAUGAUGGCUUAGCUGCAAUUGGUUAUUCUAAAGCAGACAUCCCUGAAUUAGUCAAAGGCACUCUGCCUCAGGAGAGAGUGACCAAACUAUCACCACGUCCUCAGACAGAAGAAGACUUAUGUGCCCUCUUUGAGGCUUCCAUGAAGCUUUAUUAGCAAAAAACAUUUUAAUCAGAAAAGUAUGUUUUUUUUCUAACUAACACAAAGGUAAUUUCUUAUAGAUAUCUGGCUGAAUUUGUUUAGAGAAUGGAAGAACUUGUGUGUCUUCCACUUCUGUUCCAUUGCACUCUGUCGAAAGGUCAGCUAAUUCAUCUUUAACUAAAUAGUGCUUUGAAGUGAAAGCUUGAUUGUGGGUAUUUUUGCUCAGUAGUUAGCGUUAUUCCUUGCAUAAAAGCUGGAUCAGACUAUUCCUUGCAUAAAAGUUGGAUCAGACUAUUAGCUAUAGUGAAGGCUUUCCUGUAGUUCAGAAGUGGUCAAAAGUGGAAAUUGUUUUUCAUGUGAUAUUCUGAAACAUUUCACAAAAUGUGAUUUUUAUUUAAAUUAUCUGUGAUUUUGUUUGUUUUAAAAAGUCAUACUAUUUAACAAAUCAUUUGGGUCAUUCCUAAUUGGGGAAGAGGAGUUCCCUUGUGGAAAAUGUCAGCCUGCUGUAUUCUCUUUCACUUUAUGAUCUUUUUACCAUCUUGCUCCAGAGCUAUUAGAGGUCUAUUGAAGUAGAGUACUUUUUUGUUGUUUGAUUAAGAAAAAACUUACACACUUUUUAGGUGUUUGGAAAAAGCUUCCUGAAACUGCAUUUGGGGUUAGAAUUUUUUAAUGUAUUGUCAGAUACCUGUCUUUUCUUUUAAGAUCUAUAUGAAGCGUUCAUAGGAGGAGGAGCAAAAACAGAAUAAAGCAUGGUUCCAAACUCAACAGGAACCGCCUAACAGCAAGACAUCAUCCAUCCUGUGUAUCUUGUCUCUGUGGAGGCAACAGCUCCCUUUUCCUGCUGUGUGCUGUAGGAAGAAGCUAUCAACUGUAUCUUGCUUCUGUGUGAAGUAAUUGCUUCUGCUGAGCUCCUGCUGGUGCUGUCACUCAGAGUGCAGCCACCAGCUUAAGGAAAUGGCAGUAUGCUGUGGUUCAGUAUUAAAAAGUGGUGGUAUAGCAUAUGGCUGCACAGUGCCCCACUGGGAGUGCUGGUUAAACGUGGGAAUGAGUGUGCACGUUCAGAACAGUUAACCAGCUGGUCGACUGUCAACUGAGAAAGGGAAGUGGGAAAGGGAGAUAUGAAACUCAAAUUUUAAUACUAUUUUUUCAUUUUAAAACUGCGCACACGGUCUAUGUGUACAGUUCAUUUAAAUCAGAUUCUGUUUCAUGUUGGACUCUCAGCACCAGCUUCCUGUAGCUACCACAGCACAACACAAAUGUGAGAAGAACCACAUAACUUCUGACGUGCUUGUUUCUUUCUGCUAGGGAGGGACCUGUUCUUCAGCCACCUGUUGAAGUAGUGGGCUCUGUACUAAUAUCUUUGCACUCUUGUCUUUGCAUGAUGAGACUCGUGCUGUCCUGGAAUAGGCGGCCAGAGGUAUGCCAGAUGUUGGCACUCAGUCUAUUUAGUGCUCAGUUAAAGUAGGUAGAUUGAUACUGGUUGAAGCCCAGAGAUUUUCUUUUUAACCAUGGAAUGGAUUUAGUGGCCAUAGGCACUGUACUGCCUCAACGUGUUCUGGGAAACGCAUUUGAUUUCCGUGUCCUCCUGAGUCGUGUCCUCUCUGCUGAAAUUGCCUAUGAGAAUCACUGUUGCAAAGGCUUACUUUGUAAUAGCAAAAGGUGACAGAUUCGCUUUACUGUAUUAUGCAGAACUUGCUUUGCUGUAUUAUACAAACUUGCCUUAGCCACAAAAAAACUUUUGGUUAAACCCUUUUGUAUGUAAUUUUUUGGUAUAUUUCAUCUUUCCACUCUUGUCUUUCUUCAGGCUGCAGUAGCAGCAGAGUCCUGAAGGGAGAAUUUUUUCCAGGAGCCUAAUUCAUGGCAACCAUGUUGCCUAGAGAGAACAUAGUUUCUGGGGAACUGAACAGCAUGUGGGUUUCAUUACUGCACUUGAGCACUUUGAUGGGCUACUCAGGAAUGUAGGAUAUUUUACUCCAGCAUGCUUUUUAUUUACCAUUUAUGAUGGUAUGGCAGUUUUUAGCAGGCUGGAUUUUCAACUGACAGAACCUGGCACUUAGCUUCCUACUUCCAGGUAACUCAGAGCUCUUGCUGAUUUUUAAAUUAAGCCUCACAAUGCCCUCCAGUGUAACGGUUUUUAUCCAUAUUUUACAGAUGAGACAAAAGGUUUGGUAUUAUACGUAAUCCAACAUAAGCACAUUGUGCUGCAAGAAAGGGCCAUUUCUCUUUCCCACAGCCCUUUGGUGGCAGCAGGGUCUUAGACGAGCUUAAACUGGUUGUGAAAUCUCGCCUACAGACAUCAGCUGCAGAUGAAUGUUUUCCCGACACCAAUUGUUACCUACUAGUGGAACUUUUCUGAGGAAAAAUCAAAGGAGCUUAAGUCACCCCAUGGUGCUGUCUUUCAAAUAAUGAGGGUUUGGUACUGUAUCAUGGCCUGGUCCCUGGCCUGUUCUGAGCAUUGGUAGUUAUAGUCACAACUGAAGAGCUACGGGAGACUUUUCUUUACGUAUUAUGUAACUAAAUUAUUAUACAGUGAGAAAACGUAGUUGGUCAAAUAUCUGUAUCUUUGAACACAGUUGUUCGCACAUGACUUCUAUUACUGCUCUGUAACUAAAGGCCUCCAUGAUAUGUCUGUGACUGCCUUUACAGGCUACAGGAAUGCAAAUAAUGAAUAAUAUUGUCCUUGCUAUAAACACAAGCUUGUGAGACUGAGAGCUGUGUUUAACUGUCACGUUAACUUCAAUCUUAUAAAGUAACUAUGAACCAAAAUCAUUCAGAGAAAAUAAGCUUUCAUUAGCACCAUAGAGAAUAAAGAUUAUUCCUGCAAA